AUGGAGCAUGUUAUUGGUGGGAAAUUUAAGCUUGGGAGAAAGAUCGGCGGUGGAUCUUUUGGCGAGAUUUACGUCGGUAUGUUGGUUUAUAUGUGUUCCUGUUCUGCCUUUUGAGGUUAUCAUGUGCUAUCCGUAAUUCUUGCGAGGUUUUUAAUUUUGAUUUUCCUUGGCUUGAUUUUUCAAGGUGUUAACAUACAAAGUGGGGAAGAAGUCGCUAUCAAGUUGGUAUGUCCUGUCAGCUUGUCUUCCCUCUUUCACUAGCAUGAACCUGGUUCGGAACUCUGGGUAUCUCAAUCGAACGGGUUGAAAAUGCGUCCGAAAAUUAUUCUUCCUUUUCAACAAUCUAAGAGGGACUUGGGGACCUUUGUUCGCCUAAAUAAUGUGACUUUGCAACCUGAACCUCCUCGUCCUCAUUCAUAAACUGGAAAGGGGAAAAAGGUUGUUGCCCCUCGCCAGUAUUGGUUUCUCAAGCUUAGUCGAACUUAUAUGAUGCACGGAUCUGGUAUGCGAGGAGGCAUCAGGAAACUGUUGUCAAUAUUCUAGGUUUCUGUUAGAGUUUAGAACCUGCUGUAUGUUCCAGAGAACACACCCUGUUCAAUAUCAUAUUGACGACCAUGCUUGUUUUUGUGUCUCCCAACUUGGUUCCCAGGAGGUGUGGUUUGGAAAGUUUAAUUCACUCUUUCUCCUCAUACCUCUGUUUAUCAACUCGUCCAUUUCUGUCUCUGUCUUAUUUCCUCCAAAGUAUUAAGAAGCUUUUGUGGUUUGCAUGAUUUAAGGUGUCAUCGGUGGUCGUUUCUUUCCACCAACUGGUUAAGGAAACUUUUAAUGAACGUUCAAACGUUAUCCAAGUAGCAUAGGUGGAUGAGUCAUAUAAAAAGCUUUCAAGGUAAUAAAAUUAUUCAUUGGAUGUGACUGACAUCAGAACGAUAGAAUAAUGAUUACUAUGAUGACAACCCGUGAUGCUUUUUCAAGAAGUGAAUUUAAAACUGAAGUUUUUUUAUGUUAUUUCGGAUCCUAUUUUGGCACAAUAAAAUUAUUCAUUGGAUGUUUUUUUGCAUGAUUUAAGUGACGUGAUUUUAAUGUAAAUGUAUCAGUUUUUUUAUCGUUCACCUCUUCGUAAGAACACCACACUCUCUGUCUCUUUAUCUCUCUCAUAAAUAUACAUAUAUAUACCCUUAAACAAGUGGUUCUAUCGGCCUUUUGGCCCAUUCGUUUCCUCUUGGCUCGCCCAUGUUUGAAACAUCCUGAUACCAACAAACAUACUGUGAUGUCUAAAAGGACAUGCUGAUUCCCUGCAUUAAAGGAUUGUCACCUCCCGACCUUUCCAUUGGUGGUUGGCAUUUACGUAGUAUGGAUCCUGGUUUUUUAUUUAAGGAGACCGGUUCACCUGUGAAUGUCGAAAUUGAUUGCCCUUUCAUCGUUUUCUUUUUACCUUUUUGGGUAGAUAUCCUCCAGAGGAAAUAAAUCAUGCAAACAGGCCCCUGAGUCUCCUGGGCGUUGGAACCAUAAAUGUUUGUAUAUGAGAUUUCACUAUACAAGAUUCAACUGAACAGCAUUUAUUAAACUGCCAAUUUAGAGAGUGCCCCCAUUUUCCAAAGUAUUCAAGCAAUUGCUUUGAAGGAAGAAUUUUUAAGGCGAAAGGGGACGUAAUUAUACUUUAGGAGCAAUAGUUGAUUCUUCCGUGGUAUUUGCUUGGCACCUAGAAAGUUCGAUGUUUUUUGUUUUUGCUUGCCAAUACAGUGUACAUAGAAAUUAUAUAACUUCAUCUUUAGAGCCAUUUCAAAUCCAUAAACAUCCAACCCAGCGCUUGUUUAUUUCAAGUGAAAUUUAUGACGUUUUGGGAAAUGUAAUAUGUGCUCAAUAAAGUAGGCUUUAUGGUCUUUUUUUAUGAAUUAUGCGUGAUAGAGAAUGACAAUUAUUUUUUUCUAUAUUUUAUUCACUUAACUCUAUACUCACUAAUUUGCUUUAAUACAUCUUCUUAUAGUCACAUGACGCUUGUUUUAUAAUUGGUAGGAGUCGCUAAAGUCAAAGCAUCCCCAGCUGCAUUAUGAAUCUAAAUUGUAUAAGCUUCUUCUGGGAGGAAGUGAGUAUUUUUAACGGUCAGACGUGCUAUUUUUCUAUUAUUGCCCACUUUUCUUCGGUUGUAAUAGAAUGCGCUGCAACGCUUUAUUUGUGCAAUACUGAUUUAUCUAUCUUGAAUGAAGCUGGAAUUCCCCGCAUGAGAUGGUUUGGUAUCGAGGGAGGAUAUAAAAUUAUGGUCAUUGAUCUUCUUGGACCAAGCUUGGAGGACUUGUUUAACUACUGUAAUAGAAAGCUCAAUUUGAAAACAGUGCUGAUGCUUGCAGAUCAACUGGUAAAUGAUACAUUUCUUGGAAAUGAUAACGCUAACACUAAUUUCACUAUAUCUCCACAAUUUUUUGCAUCAUUGAUAAUCUUUCUUGCUUUGUUUUACAGAUCAACCGAGUUGAAUUCAUGCAUUCAAGGGGCUUCCUUCAUCGAGAUAUAAAACCAGAUAACUUUCUUAUGGGUUUAGGGCGUAAAGCAAAUCAGGUACAUCUUUCCUUCUGGGACUUCUUCGCUUGGGGCUUCAUGGGUUCUGAUUUUAUUUAAUGCAAGCAGAAAGGAUGUAAAGUCCUAUGCCGACUUAAACUGUUGAAUACCAAUUUAAAUUAUAUGCUCAAUAAGAGUGGAUUUACCGCAAUGUCUCACUAUUUUCCAUUGUUGUGUAUCAGAGUUUUAGUUCAUUGUUUGUCAUCUAGUCUAUUUUCACAUUUAGUAUAUAAUUAAUUUCUCUUAGAUACUGUCCAUCUCAUGGGUAAAUGAAGAAAUAUUUUCAUAUUCUUGUAUCUACAGGAACAGGUUCAUAAUCAUAUCUCAUUCGCAUUUUAAAUGCAGGUUUACAUUAUUGAUUAUGGUCUUGCAAAGAGCUAUAGAGAACUUUCAACACGUGGACAUAUUCCCUACAGGUAAUUCAUUUAUUCUUUUAAAUAAAGAAGGAACUCCAUAUAACAUUUCUCGUGCAACAUCAUUUCUUGUCUAUGCUUGUUAUUUGAAUGGCCACAUCUCCUGCAUUCUAGUUCUGUUACUUCGUUGGAGCGUCAUCCUAAAUAAGACCUUGCCUUAUAACCUCUUUUCAGUAUAGCUCUCGUUCCCUUCCCUUCUAAAUCCCAGUUUACUUUAUAAUCGAGUACACUGGUUUAGACGGUAGCACAGUCUUACCUCCGCCUUUCUCAUGAUCAUGUUGCUAAAGACGACACGCUGUUAGGUUUUAUUGAGGUAUUGGAUCAGAUUACCUGCAAAUGGUUAAAAAUAAUAAAGGAAGUCGUCAUUUUGUCUGGGACUGUAAUUCCUCAUUUCUAAGUAUCAUAAUUUUUCACGAUUCUUGGUGCAGUGAACUGCUGAGUUCUCAUCACAUCUUAAUUUUCUAUACAUUUAUAUAACGAAAAUGCAUAUCUCUAUGUGCUAUGAAGCAUUGUCCUUAAUCUAAGAAAGGGGAAUGCUCAAGCUGUUUGGUAGAGAGGCGCAGUCACUAGUAUAUUAUUUUAUUGAGGUGCAGUUUCUAGAGUGGUCUUCAGUGUCAUCGUGCAGACUGUGAGAAGAUUGUGUAGAUGGUUUUGAGAGCUCGUUGUUCAAAUUAUGUUUUUGCAUUCUGUGAGAUGGGUAAUAGUUCUGUGGAUCUAGUGUGUGUUAUACUUGCUGUAGAAUGUGCUUUUUUUCUCAUCUGACUGAGGUAUCCAUCCCCAGUUGUCACCCCUAUGUUUAUGUGGGUUUGUGAAGUGCAUAUGUGAUGUGCUUUUGUUGAAUUCAUAGUGUGAAGCUUCUUCUUUUGAUUCUUAGCUCUGUUUGCAUUGUUUUUAUGUCGUUGUAAAUCCUUUGCUUAGCUCAACUUGCCGACCGUUUUUGCAGAGAAAAUAAGAACCUAACAGGAACAGCUCGAUAUGCUAGUGUCAAUACUCACCUCGGCAUUGGUGAGGGGAUCUUGGGUUCUUCACAUGUUGACAGCUGAUGAAUUUUUUUUUUUCUCAUUUUAUUUAGCUUUCACCUUAUAACAAGGCAUUUUCAUGUUGGUGCAGAACAAAGUAGGAGGGAUGAUCUUGAGUCUCUUGGUUAUGUUCUCAUGUAUUUCUUAAGAGGAAGGUUCGAAUUGAUGACAUUCUCUGCUCCGGAGCUUGAAUGUUCCUAAUCAGUUCCUCCUUUUAUUCUCUUGUCUGAUCACUUUUUCAUCAGUCUUCCCUGGCAGGGCCUCAGAGCUGGCACAAAGAAGCAGAAAUAUGAGAAAAUCAGUGAAAAGAAAAUGCUUACUCCAAUAGAGGUGCCUUGAGUUGCUUCUCUACUUGUUAGUUCAUUUUAAUUGCAUAAACUUUACGAAUGUUUGGGUAAUUUUGACAUUAGUUGAUAACUGUUGGUGACGGUUAAAGAUUACUGAUUUUUCAAAACUAUGAACAGGUUUUGUGCAAAAAUUACCCACCAGAAUUCAUAUCAUACUUCCAGUAUUGCAAAUCGUUGGAUUUUGAAGACAAACCUGAUUACUCGUACUUGAAGAGACUUUUCCGCGACCUCUUUAUUCGAGAAGGUAUGUGUAAGCGAGUAUUUCAGUCAUGUUUUGUCCAUCUGUUUGUCAACAAAAGCUUUUUUAACAUUCUCUCUCUCUGGACACUCCCCUGCGUGACGUUUGAUGUUGCUAGUUCUUUCCUCAGGCUAUCAAUUUGAUUAUGUAUUUGACUGGACUACCUUGAAUUAUACGCAAGGUGGUCCUAGCACUGCAAGGACUCGGGUACAUUUUUCUCGUUUGUUUUCUUGACUGUGCCAUCUUUCAUUCCUUGGGAUGUCGAAAUGCAUGUUUACCUCGAUCGAUCGCCCUCUGUCAGCAGCAAAAUGGACAACAGCCUGGAGGCAUUGGAUCAUCUGCUGAUGGACCAGAACGGACAUCAGGUUUAAUUCAGGAAAACGUUGAUUUAAAAACAUAUUGUUUAGAAAAUCCGUUUGAUUACGAUUCAGCAAAAUGUUGUCUUAUGGAACCACCAAUGCUCAUGCUUUCCAUUCUCUUCUGGGGCAAGAGAUUCCUAAUAGAUUCUCUGGUGCAGUCGAGGUGCUUGCUAGAAGGAAUGGUUCAGGUUCUGGACGUCUUGGUGAUCACUUCAAGCUCAAACUAUCAGACGAAGUGCCUACGCCGUCCAAAGAACCUGUCAGUCUUCGACUUUCUAACCUUUUCAUUUAGUUUCCUUACCUCGGUUGAUUUUUCCAUGUUGCACAAAAUCGAAGCCUUGGUUUAUGUGGCUAUAAAAGAAAUUUGAAGUUGGUAGGAGAAGUCUGUUCUACCUUGAAGUUGCUGCUAUGUCUGCCAAGUGGACGUUAGAAUCUUUGAGAGUUCCAUUGGGUUCUAGGAAGGGCUCUUUGAUUUUCUUGGUAAAUGUCUUUGGGUCAAACUGCAGCUUCUUCGGUAAAUGUUUUUGGGUUGUUGGAUUCAAGAGGCGACGGGCCUUCUAUUCCCUCUCCUCGAGUACCCUCUCUACUACUGCUGCUACUACUGCUACUACUGCUACUUGUACUGCUGCUACUAGUGCUCUCUAACGUGUUCCUUCUGGCCGCUGCUUUUCAGAUCGCUGAUUCUGACAAUCCCCUGGGCUCCUCGUCCCGGAAUGGCAGCAGCUCGAAGAGAGCCGUGGUCUCAAGCAGCAGCAGGCCCUCCUUCGAGCCCAUCGACCAGCAGUUGGCCCGCGCUAGCCGUGUGAUUUCGGACAUCAGCGCCCGCCCAGCCGCCGCCGCCGCCGCCGCCGCCGCAGCCCCGAGGAUUCCUCCCUCCGCCCCCGCCCACGAAUCCGCUCCCAAGCCCCUCCCUCACAACGCCACCGGCAGGAGCUCCCGCGACGACCCUCUCAAGGCCUUCGAGCUCCUCUCCCUCGCCGCUGAGAAGAGGAAGUGA